CUGAAGAAGCAGCAGCUAUGCAUCAGGCCAUGUCGAGACGCGACCAGCGAUUCGUCUCAGAAAGCCCAUGUGAGCCAUUUGUACCCGGGAUCGAACUUGUUGAAUCAUUGUCCACGACUCAUGACUACAGGGGGUUCGCGACCUCUGUUCAGAAUGGGGGCGAUACACAGCGACGUUGUAUCUCAAGGUGACUGGCCAGCUUUGGCACACUACAAGCUUGAUAUUGUCACACCAUUCCGACCUUUGAGAGAACUGGAUUGUGGUACACAGGUUGUGGUUUGUUUAGCGAAGGAGGUCAGCAGCAGUAUGUGCGAUUUCUGUUUGCCUAAAAAUGUCAAUUUGGAACUUCACCGAGAAGGACGGAUAUUGGUCGAUGAACUGAUGGCAGCACUGAGAUACAAACGCUUCAUAAAGCUCUGUGAAAUGUGGCCAACGGACACGCUGAAGAGUAAAUCUGGAAGAGAUCUUGGAAACAGAAUUCGGGAAGAAGUUGUCGCGCGGUUUUCGCGAGGAGGAACGACAAAAAUAAGUGAUGAGAAACAGUGCGACCAGAUUUACGGAAACCUCAAAGAUCUGGUUUUCAACAAACACAGAAAUGACUAUCCAGUCGAAAAAACUAAAGGCGCCUUGGGACAAGAUUUGGAAACGUGUCGUAAUUUGGCUUCGGACGAAACCUACGAGGCGUUGAAGGCCCAGAGCAACUCGAUUCUUGUCAAAAUUCGAUCCAUGUUCACAAGAAGCUCUGCUUAA